AUGAAAGAUGUACAAAACGAUCAAAAAGAUACUGAAAAUUGCUUGAAAACUCAAUACAUUGAUAAACAAGACAAAUGUAACAAAGAAAAAAUAGAAUGUCUUCAUGCUGAAAGUAUAAUAAAAAAUGAAAAAAAUCGAAAAAGUGACAAUUUUCAAAUGUAUGAAGAAGCUACACGCAUUGCUAAACACGAAAAAUGUAACAAAGAAAAAAUAGGAUGUCUCCACGCUGAGAGAAUAAUAAAAAAUGAAAAAAAUCGAAAAAGUGAUAAUUUCUACAAGUAUGAAGAAGAUCGCAUCAAAUUAUAUGGAAUGUUGGAUGGACUUAACGAUGAAAUUACAAAAAUAAAAGAUCUAUUUUCAAACCAUUUAAAUUCUAAUUCAUUUUGCAAUAAAAAUAGUAAAUAUAAUAACCAUAUUACUAAUCAAUCUAUUGAAAUGUCCGCUGGUGAAGACUUUAUUGAUAAUGAAGAAUGCCGGUCAACUAAAGAAAAUACAUUUGUCGAGCAAGCUAUUCAUAAAAACUCCACUGACCAUGACUUGUAUCCAAAAAAUAUAUUCAAUAAGAAUCAGAGUUUCUUAAAAGGAGUUUUUCAUGAUAAUGAGGAUGGUAUAAAUGCAUCACAAAAUAGGUAUACUCACCAAAAUGUAUAUCAACAAGAGAAAGAUGAUGAGUUUUAUCAGAUCCAAUUGUCAGACAUUAAAACUGAUAAUUUAAAUGUUGAACAUUUUUUCACAUGGCAUAACCCAUAUGUUUGUCAAUGUGGAAUGAUCUAUAAUACAAAUUAAUAAGUACAUUUAAAUUAAUUAUAUUUUUAUAAAUUUUAUAUUAUUUUUUCACUAAUAUUAUUUAGGAUUCCCGGAAAAAAGAACAAGUAAAAAAGAACGCGGA